AUGCGUAAAUCGCCAUAUCUCGUCUCGCUGAUAUUGCUAUUAGCUGCUACAGCUUUAACUUUACUCAAUAUCUAUGAUCCCGAUCUCGUUCAUGUCAUCGUUAGAAGUCCCGGACCGUUGGCUUUCGAAACCAAGUAUGGUCUAUACAAACGAUGCACUCGGUCCAUUCCCAUCCCCAAUUCCACCUUCUUAGCCCCGUCACAUCCCCUUGGCUCUUCUUCCUCUAUCGCUUCUUCGCAGGAUCUAUUAGACCUUCCUUCCCAGUCGUCUCUGCAACAACCAUCAAAUCUAUCUCUCGACUACUCCCUGCAAUCCCGAUCAGCUUUCGGAGCAAACGACACGUACGGACAAUGGCAAUGCCAGCCUUUCCCCACAAGAUCUGAAUGCGCUCAAUUUGGUGAACAAUUCUGCGUUUUGUGGAGUACAGCGGGAUAUGCUGCUCAAUCUGCUUUGGUCCCUUGUCUCGUUGGGCUGUUCAGUUUGUUAUUUAUCUUCUUGCAUCGAGGUCAAAGGACAGCCAGAGCUCGUGCAAGACGUCAACAAUGGAAAUUAGUUUCCGUCACUAUGCUAAUUCACUGUAUCCUCCAAAUCAUAUCUUUCUCCCUGAUACUCCACGUGUUCCGUACAGACGAAAGAUUCGAGACUAAGGGGAGUCGUCUCGAUCGAGGUUUUACAUUCGGAGUUUGCUCGGCGGUCGUAUCGGGUACGAUAGCUUUGUUACUCACUUUUACUGGUCUUGCCGCUCGUGCUGGAAAACCUUGGGCAGCGGGUAAAUCAGCUCGGACUUCUCGUCGACAUAAACGUACUCGUUCCGGUCGAGUCGUUCCUGUUCCCCUGGGUACCGACAUCCCUCCCGAACAAACGGUCACGGUGGGUGAAGUGGAGGCUGCUCUUCCGAGUGCCGAACCGACAGAACGUACUGCGUUGUUGGCGGGACAUGAAGGGAUUGUUGCGGGGGGUGGAGAAGAACGGGCCACGGAUCAUGUGUGA